AUGGACGUGGAUGACAGAAGCAUGGACAUGAUGGCAAUGAUGAUGCAGAUGGAAAAGUUUCCUGAGUUCUCUGAACCUUUUUACCCAGAACCUCCAUUCUCCACCACCACCGCCGCCGCCAACACCAGUAUGCCCAUACUCUCCAAUAACAUGAUCAAUCCUCCUCUACCUAGUAAUCCCUUUGUGGGCAACACUAUUAAUCCAAGCCCACACCUGAUUCCACCCAAUAAAGACGUUGAGUUCAGGAAUAUUACUGACAGUCCCAAUGCUUCUUCUUCAUCUUCUGAGAAGAAGAAUUCCAUGGCGGCGAUGAGAGAAAUGAUAUUUCGUAUAGCAGUGAUGCAGCCCAUUUACAUAGACCCGGAAUCCAUUAAGCCUCCGAAGAGAAGGAACGUGAAGAUAUCGAAGGAUCCGCAAAGCGUGGCGGCGAGGCACAGGAGGGAGAGAAUAAGCGAAAGGAUUAGGAUUCUGCAGAGAUUAGUUCCUGGAGGGACCAAAAUGGACACGGCCUCAAUGUUGGACGAAGCUAUACAUUACGUUAAGUUCUUGAAGAAGCAAGUUCAGACGCUGGAACAGGCAGGAGCGAGUAGAGCUGUGGGUUUUGGGGUACCUACCUUCAAUAUGAAUAAUUAUUCUACUUUCAUGAAGGAUUACCACCAACCUUCUCAGAUGGUGGUGGGUAGUUCUAUGCAAAUGCUAAGCUGA